CAAGUGUUCAAAGUUCGCGCGUGCACGUGACCAUUGAUAAAAAUAAACAAACAAUAUAAUGUAUAUGUGCAUUAUGAUAAGGUUUAUCAACAAGUAAAAUCAUUAAAUGUUGGCUACAAUGAUGGAAUUAAAGAUUAAACACUGUACCAAACUUAUGGUAUUCGUUGUCAUUCUUGCAGUGCUGUGGUAUUUUCAUUCUAAAGCGAGCGAGUUUGGAACCGUUUUAGUUGAAAGUGAAAGUAGAGAAGAAUUGAAGAAGGGCUUUCUUUUUACUUCGAAUAGCAAUGUCAAAUUACAGUCAGACGCUUACAGACAAACAAUUUUUAGCAGAGUGGGAAGCAGGGGUCUUCGGUGGGUACAAGAUUCCGAUUCUUAUUCGUCUUCUCAAGGGGAACUACUCCAAACCGGAAGUGAAUGGAAUUCCACUGUGCUGGAUGACAGCGAUGAUUCAGAUGCAGAUUGUAGUGAUGUACAUAAAGUAGCAAUGGCAGAUCGUUGUUCAUUUGUGAACACUACAGAUGAUUGUCAGAUAGAUGAAGGUUUCCUUGACUACACAUACUUUGUGUACUGUGACUUCAGUUCCGAAUUGCUACCUCUUGGCAUUGUUAUAUUGGUUUUAUGGUGGCUGUUCCUGUUUGUAGGGCUGGCUGUAACAGCAGAUGAUUUUUUCUGUCCAGCAUUGGCUGUUAUAUCUGAUACAUUGAGACUGAGUCAUAAUGUAGCUGGGGUAACGUUUCUGGCAUUUGGAAAUGGAGCGCCUGAUAUAUUCUCGGCUAUAGCGGCUAUUGGUAAUGCUAAAGAUGGAGAUGCUGGCCUUGCUAUUGGAGCCCUGUUUGGCGCAGGCGUGUUUGUCACAACGGUUGUUGCAGGCUUUAUUGCUAUCAUCUGUCCAUUUGAUGCUAUGCAGAGACCUUUUCUGCGAGAUGUCAUAUUCUACAUUGCAGCACUUUUCUGGACUUUUUAUAUACUGUGGGAUAAAACAAUCACAAAAAUAGAAGCUAUAGGUUUCAUUCUGCUGUAUGUAUUUUAUGUACUUGUGGUUGUGAUUGGCCGGUAUAUUUACACACGACAACGUACUAACACGUCAUUACCUGGAAUUGCGGAAGUUCCUCCUGAAAGUGAGAGACCACAAUCAGCUGAUAACCCUGAUAUUCAAGAUGCAUCAGGGAUACGAAUAAUAAACCCUUUGGAUACAGUUACAGAUGGAGAGCGUCAACCAUUGUUGUCGAAUCCUGACGUGAUCAGUCUGACAGCAGUUAAGGAUGAGACCCCACUUCAAGAAUUCCUUCACAGUAUCAACCCUAUAGAUGCAGGAUGGUCGGGGUUUUCACUGUUCAAGAAAGUCUAUGAAAUAUUUAAGGCACCUAUCAUGUUUUUGCUGAUUAUAACAGUACCGGUUGUGAAUUAUGAGGAUGACAAACAUCAUUGGAACAGGCAUUUAUACUGCAUUCAAUGUAUUCUUGGGCCAAUGUUCUCUAUGGCAGCUACCAAAGUUGGAUUUAUAACAUUAGGAGGAAGUUUUCCUGUAUGGGGUCUCACACUUAUACUGAGUGUGAUGUUAGCUGCUCUUGUAUUUUUUACAUCUAAAAAUGAAGUUCAACCAAAAUAUCAUGCAGGGUUUGCGUACUUGGGUUUUGUAGUAGCUGUGAUCUGGAUCUACUCUAUUGCUAAUGAGAUUGUAAAUAUUCUUCAGACAUUUGGAGUAGUUUUCAACAUAAGCAAUGCAAUACUUGGUCUCACACUUCUUGCCUGGGGAAAUAGCAUAGGAGAUUUUAUAGCAGAUACUGUUAUGGCACGACAGGGAUUUCCAAGGAUGGGUAUAUCAGCAUGUUUUGGAGGCCCUCUUUUUAAUCUGUUGUUAGGUAUUGGUAUUCCAUUUACCAUAGCUACAGUAAAACAGGGAGAUUAUCAUAUCCAGAUUACACUAGAAGAGGUUGUAUUAGCAGGUUUUCUUGCCCUCAGUUUGAUAUCAAGUCUCAUCAUUAUACCCCUGUCUCGGUUCAGGAUGUCGAGGGGCUGGGGUAUAUACCUCGUUAUACUGUAUGUUGUGUUCCUUGUAGUCGCCAUCCUCACUGAAACCAAAGUUAUACAUGCCAACAUUGAUACAACUGCUUGAUUACAGAACAAAAUUACAGUGUAACAUCAGUUAAAACAUCUAGCAAGCUAUAACUUCCAGUUGAAGGCAAAUACUUUCUUUUCAAUUUGACAAAUUUCUACCUCUCCUGAGCAACAGCUCCGUACAACAAACAUAUUUCAGUGUUGCCAGUGGUGCUGCUGUAUAGAGGAUGCAGUGUAAAAACAGCAUUCACUUUUACCUGUAAUUGUUUUGCAUGAUAAAACAACCAAAGAUCAAAGUGCUUGUGGGGAGCUUUCAGGUUCAUUAAAUGUCUAUAAUUAGUUAGUUCUUUAUUAUCUGCAUUUCUGAUGCAAUCUUAAAGAAACUUGCUCACAGUAUACUUAUAUGGCCAUAAAGUCUCCUUAAUUUAAAUUAUGGGCCAAAUGAACUGUUAAAUAAAAAGAAAUAGGCCUUGGUUUAUAAAAAAAAAGUACAAUCAUGUUUUACUGUGUGUACACUCUAGCACCCAAACCCAAUUAUAUUUGGACAAUGAGUAUAAGCUCAAAAUCUUGCUAAAGUUUGACUAUGAAUAAAAUUGGACAAGCAAGUAUACAGUUACCUGCCCUUGAUUUAUUUAAAAAAAGUGCCCUAAUUCAUUAUGUGAUAAGGGAAUACACUUUGAAUUUUGCUGUCAGGUUUGAUUUUAAUCAUUGUUUUUGUUUUGUAAUUAUCAUAUGCAAUAGUAUGGCAAUAGUACAGCUAUUAUCAAAAUAUGUCUGUUCUGCAAUAUAGUUUCAAAAUUAUCACAUGGUAACUUGAGAAAACAUUUGACUGAACAUUCAAACCUGGUAGCAUGAUUGGGCUUAUAAGUAGAUGACCUCUAUUGUUUUGGGGUCAAUAGAUCAAAGAUUAAGGUCACAAGGACCUGAACAUUGAAAAUGGUGUCACCUUAAUAUCUCGAGAACGACUUGACCCAGUAUCUUCAAACUGUAGAGCAUGAUUGGGUUAUGAAGUAUAUGACCCCUAUUGUUUUUGGGGUCAAUAGAGCAAAGGUCAAGAUCACAGAUACAUAAACAUUGAAAAUUAUUUCUACAUGGACCACUUUGAAAAGAAUAUUGGGCUUAAAGUGUAGAUGACCCUUAUGCCCCCUCACCCAAAAUGGUUUCUCCUUAAUUAUUGUGUUUGUCAUCCCCAUUAUUGACUUGCCAUGAAGUAGGGCAUGCAUGUCCUUAAAAAAUCUCUUGUUAAAAUAAGGGCACUAAGCUCCAUUUUUGGGCCACUAGAGUUAAUAAUAUAAAUACUUUAAAGAUGUCCGAUGCCCAUCUUUCACUAAAAUAUUGUAUCUUCGGAUAUUUACUUCAAACGUAGAAAAUGCUCGUCAAAUGUAUUUAACUUUACUAAAUACAUAAAUCAGUUGCAUAUGUAUAGAUACAUUCAUAGUUAAAUGUAAAACAUAAACAAUUUAUUGUUGAAAAAGCUUCCAGUUUUUUAGUGGUAGUACACAUUUAGGUAAGCGAUACAGGGCAUUCAGGGUCCUCUUGUUAUUGUUGUUAGAUACAUAUAUAUUUAUAUUUAUACAUUUGUUACGGCAAUAGUAAAUUGAGUAUUGUGCUAGUUUUUAGCUCACCUGGACCAGGUGUUCAGGGUGGGCUAUUGAGAUUGGCUUUUGUGUCUGUCUGUUGUCCAUUGUCUGGCAUUAGCUUUUCACCUUUAAAUGACUUCUCACAAGCCUCUUGAUGUAUUAUCACCAAGCUUUAUCUGUUGCAUCCUUGUCCUCUCUAUUAUUUAUUCCAGUGGUUCUGCAUGACUGAUUUUAGGGGCCAUUGAAGCUAGAAAUAGAUUUUUUUAAACAACUUCUUCUCGUAAAACUAUUUGAUGGAAUGUCACCAAACUUUGUCUGUAGCGCCCUUGUAAGGUCCUCUCUCAAAUUUAUUCAGAUGGUGAUGGCCGAUAUAGGACUUCUGUAUUGCCACUGUAAUACUCGCUCACUUGUUUUCUUCUUUUGCUUAUUCAUUUAUCUAGUAUAGAACAUAUAACAUUAUAAUUAAGAUACAAUAUUGGAUUAAAUAUUGUUCUCUAUAUUUAAUAUUGGUUUACAAGAGAGCUUAUAGUGAAAAAAGUUACAAAGCUUUCUACACUUUCUAACUAGUUAGAUUAGUUGUAUAUGUUACAAUAGAAAUAAUACUCACCGGCAGCUUAGGCAGUCAAAAAUAUUAUGUGCAAUGUGAGAAAUUUUACAGAUUUGAUUGUUUAUUUCUAAGUUUAUGCAUGAUUAAUUUAAUUAAUUUGAUAAUAUUUUAUGCAUUUUUAUAGCCGUAAAAAUAUUGGUGCUUUGUUGUAGAGACACUGCAGGAAAUAAUGGGGUUUUAAAUUACCGUAACUGGAAGCUUCUUUGUAUAGCCUAUUGGUAGAAGCUAGAUACAGAGACUAUUAACCCUCUCUACUCAAAGGAAACAACUUGUUUAUUGAAUGAAAAUUAUUGAGUGAACCUUAAUUCUAUCCAUGUUCUAUGUUAUCUGCAAUACAUGAUAACAAAGUUACUGUAGAUGUAUCUAACAGUCCUUGAAUUAUUCAUUGAUUUUCUAGAUAUUUUUUGAACACGAGUAACAUAGGCAGCAAACUUCAAGGCAUAUACAUAGGCAGCAAAGAUUGUUCUCUUUCAGUAAGUAGAUUUAUAAACAUAUUUCAGCUUGUGAAAUUCUGUAUGCUUCAACUUCUUGCUUUAAAAAAUUAUCUGUUGAUAAAUUUCAGUACUGAAAAUGUCACAAUUUCCAACAGGCAUUUCUUAAUUUUAUAUUUACUUAUUAUUUUUCUUUCAAAUUACUGACCACUAACCCAUUAAAGACUUGUGUUUAAAUGAAUCUGUCUUCAUGAAGAAGAAAUUACUGCAUCACUCUUAUCAUUGUAUUGUCAAUUACAAAAGAAUUUUGUACUGUAAAUGUAAGAAGACUUCAUUUAAAUUCCUGCAGAAUAUCCAGUAUUUAAAUUACGCUUGGUGCAAAUGAACAGUUGUUUGAAGUUAAAAGCUUGGACAACAAAUUUGUCAUUCCUCCAGACAAAAGUUCCUGUAACAAUUGUUAUAUGUAUAUUUAAAUUAUAUGGAUUGUUUCAGUGAUUGUUUAGUUGCAAAUAGUUUUUAGUAUUAAAUGGUUUAUACUAAUUUAUUAUAUUCUGUUGAUUAAAAAAUGGUAAAACA